GAAUCGAAAAGAUUUAAGAAAAGAAAAAAUAAUAUAAAAUAAAAUAUUUUAAAGGAAAAUUGUUACAAUAGAGAAAAUUUUUUUAAAUAAAGAAUAAAAAAUCACAGUUUUAUUUUAAACCAGAAGAAAAAUAAAAUAUAAAAAAAAAACAUUUCUGUUAAUUUAAUUUUUAAUUAAUAAAAUUAAAGUUUUGGAAGGAAGAAAGCAAAAAAAAAAACGAAUUUUCUAACAAAAGUAAUUUUAAAAAAGAAGAAAAAAAUAAAAUAUCAUUUAACAUAUUCUACAAAAUAUCUAUAUAUAGGAUACCAAAAAGUUUCGGGAAUAUUUCCAGAUUAUAUCAAAUUGUGUGUACAGUUGAAAUAUAGUCUUUUUCUUACGCUUCUUGUCGGAAUAUUUUUUCACAAUUUUUUUGUGUGAAAUUUAAAGGAAAUUUGGAAUAAAAAUAAAAAUAAUCCUUUUUAAUUUUUGUUUGAAAAUUUUUGAAAAAGAAAAUUUUCUUAAAUAAAAAAUAAAAAAAAAAAAAAGCAAAAAGAACAAAAAGUGCAAAAAUAAAAUCAAAAAAAGUUUAUAAAAACCAAGAAAGGAAGUAAAAAGGCAACAAAAUUGGAAGCAAAAAGAUGGCAACUUAUGCAGCAUUUAAGCAUGUAGAACUCUACAAUGUUGGAAAAACAAAAAAGAGAGUCUUGAGACCACCAGGUGGUGGAAACAGCCAAUUAUUUGGUGACGAUAUGCCGCAAACACCACGCUCAGUUAAAAAUCAUAUGGCGUCAAACAUUUUUGGCAGCGAACAGAAUGCUUCCGUUAAACAAAAUGUCCGGCAAGGGAUACACAGAUACUAUUUCAUUGGUGAUAGUAUUCGUCGUGGUCAAAAGCAAAUUGAUUCAUAUACCCGACUUUUUGGUGAACCAGAACGUAAUUAUACACCAGCUAAAAAUCAUAUGAAGAGCAGCAUUCCAAUUGGUGGUACAUCAACAUCAUCAUCAUCAACAUCAUCAAAUGGUACAGAAACAAAUGGACAUAAAAAUGGUAAUGGUGUACACCAUCAUCAAAAUGGUAAUGGUACUAUAACAUCAUCAUCAGCUUCUUCUUCAGCUAGAAAUGGUAAAAUGGAAAAUGGUGGUGGUUCAUCAAGCUGCACGUCAUCUGAAUAUCAAAAUGGUGUAUCAAAAACAGUUCAUAAUUAUCGGAAAAUGAGCAAUACAUCACGUACAAAUUUACCUUCAAAUAGAACAACAACAACGAAAGCAAAUUCGAAAAUUGUAGAAAAAGAUGAAAAUAAUCGACAACAAAAAACGACGACAUCAUUAUCACCAAGGCAAAUAAAAGAAGAAAUGGGUGACAAUGAUUCCAUUAUGAAAUCAUCACGUCAACCCAAUGGCGAUAUAUUAUUACAAAAUGGUGAUGAUGUCGAUAAAUUAAGUAAUAUUAAAGAAGAUGAUGAUACAUUAAGUAUCAUUGAUAAUAAUAAUAAUAAAAAUAAUAGAAAUAUGAGAAAACAAGAAAAAGAUCAAGUAUCAUUACAAUUACGAUCACAAAAAUCAAAUUAUACAGAAUCAACAAUAAAUUCUGUACGAAAUAUGGAUAUUGAUAGUUCAAAUAAUUCUAAAACAGUUUCAUCAGCUACAACAACAAAUCCGUCUUCUGCCGCCACAACACCAUCAUAUGGUUUAAUAAAUUUUGCAAAUGCAAAUGUUAAAUCACCAAGACGUGAUUUUAAUACAAUUCGUAAUCCAGUUACUGGUACUGGUUUUGGUGAUGGUCUUAAUAUAAGAAUAAGACGUGGUGCUAAUGUGCGUAGAGAUGGCAAUCCAGUUACCGGUGAAGGUUAUAAAGGUGCUGAAAUAAACACAUCAAUUCCAUCAUUAAAUGGUGCCAAUCAAGUUAUCAAUAAAAAUCGUAUCCCACCAGGUGGUUAUUCAUCUGGUCUGUGGUAGAUACAAAAUAAGUUUUUCAUCUUCUUUAAUAAUUAUUAUAUAUACAUAUAUAUAUACAUAUAUGAAAAUUCUUUUUUUGAAAACAAAACAAGGGGCGAAAAAAAAAAAGAAAAAAAAAUCAUAAAAUAAAAUUUUUUGAAAAAAGAAAAAUAACAAAAAAACACGCGCGAAAAAAAAAAAAAGAAAUGGAGAAUCGAAAAACAAAUAAAUUUGUGUGAUUUUCAAAAAAUUAAGAAUUUACCAAUUUUACCAAAAUGAAGAAUUAACAUAAUACAUAUAAGAAAAUGCAUAUAUACAAAUGAUUCCAAAUUAAUUUUUACAAUAAAUACCAACACACACACAUUUGAAAAGAAAAAAAAAGUAAUUUAAAGGAUCAUUUAUUGAUUAAAAAGGAAAUUUUAUCAAAAAACAAACACAAAAGCAAUUUUAUAACAACAAGAACAAGAACAUUUUAAAUAAUAUUAUAAAUUUUUACGAUAGUAAAAAAAUAUUAUAAAUUAAAAAUAAAAUGUUAAAAAAAAACCAAAAAAAAAAAAUUGUUUACUUCAAAAUUUCAAAUUAGAAAUAAUUUCGAAGUACAUAGAACUUUUUCUUUCUUUCUUUAAUUUGGGGAAAAAAACAAACAAAUAGAACAACAACAAGCAUUUAAAAAUUUUUCCAGAAAAAAUCACACAAACAACAAAAUGAUAAUAAGAAAAAAAAUAAAACAAUAAAUUAGAUGAAAAGAAAAAAAUCUUUUAGUAAUUUACAAAAAAAAAAAAAAAAAAAUUAUAA